AUAUAUCAAACUAUCUUACUUAUCAAAAUACACAACCUCCUGAAGAUACUGAUCUUGGCGAGAGAAAAUUGGAAAAGCUGGCAGAAAAGUCAGAAAAAAAAAUCUUAUUGUUGGGCGACUGUAAUGACGAUCAAAAAGCUCUCUCUUUUUGUAUUAUCUUAAAACUAAGUUGUAUAAAGCUAAACUUGCAGGUAGAAUGACUGCUGUCGCUAAACGCACAGUACAAAACUGGGCUAAAAGGCUUAAUGAGGGCCCUAGGUGGGAUAUUUACAAGAAGCAGAUCAACAGAGUCAACAGAAAGAAAAGUCAGUUUCAAGAAGAGCACAAGAAUUACAUUCGAGAACUGUACGACAACAAUCCUUUUUGUCACCACCAAAGACGUUGUUGAUAACUUGACAAAAGUAUUCGAAGGAUUCAGUUUGAAGAGCACUGUCGUUGGAUCCUUCAUCUCAAAUGAGUGCAACUUAUCAAUUAAGAGAACCACUCGUUAUCCUAUUGCAAGAAACAAUGGCACAAAACUUGAUCAUCGCGUCAAAUGGGUGCAAGACAUGGCAAAUUCAAAUACAAGCUUUCUUCAGCAGGACUAUGUUUUUUUUUGACGAAGCUGGAUUUAAUAUUAAUAUGAGACCUGUUUAUGCCCGUUCCGAGCGCGACACUCCAACUGUGAUCACUACAUCCACCACCCAAGUAGCAGUAUUGCACACAAUCUUGGGUGCAAUUUGCACGAAGGGGGGUUGUAAAUAUAGAUAUAAGAGUACCUCAA